AUGGCUCCAAUUCCUAUCAAAAGGGGCGCGACUGAUGAUUUUAUCCUAACCCUAUCAGACGACGAGGACUCGAACCUAUUCAAUGGCGAUAUCGACCUGGACGAUGCUGGAGACCAUGACCUGGUUUCCGCGGAACGACCGAAAUCAAAAUUGAAAGUUUCGGGGACUAAACGUAAAAGGGAUGAAGAACCUACUGCCAAUGGAGCCCAUAAUAAAAAGUCAAAAAAGGCCCAGAAAAAGGAUAGGACAAAAAAGCAGACAGAUAAGGAUGCUGGACUUGAACGGGAUUCCGAGACUGAGCAGGACGUAAGUGAGGACGACGAUGGCGCGUUGGAUCCCGAUUUUGUAUUUGAUGUUGGAGGGGCGGCGGGUAUGAAGCUGGUCGAGGACUUCGAUGGUUGGGGACUCGAUGAGCGUUCCGGUAUUACAAUUGGCGGGAAUGGAAAUAAAAAGACAGUGGAUAUUGAUGAUAUAAUCUCCCGAAGGCAACAGAAAAUGAGGGAGAAACUAGUAAAAAAGAAGAAGGAACAGAAGAAAGCGGAAGAAAGGUCUGGAGAGGAGUUUACUGGGAUUGAUUCGCAGGAUGAAGGUGAACUAGCGAAUGCUGUGGAUUUCGAGGAAGAUGAGCUUCUGGCUCCUGAUGGAUUUGGCAUGGGAGCUGUUAGUGAAUCAGAGGAAGAGAGUGACAAACCGGUUUUAGAUGACACUUCGGAAGGUGAAGCUGAAGCGGAUUCCUCCAGCGAUACUGAUUCCGAUAACGACUCUGUUGCUUCUCCAGUGCCGCAUCCUGAGGACAUUACGUCAGAUGAUGGUUCCGGCGAUGAAAGUGAAGAUGCCGCUGAAAUCGAAAAACAAAAAUCCUUUUUUGCUCCUGAGGAGAAACCAUCGGCCAACGGUGACUUAAAGUCCGCAAAAUCUUUCCAAGCGUUUUCGCUCUCGAGACCGAUUUUACGGGGUCUCACGUCCGUUGGCUUCACUACGCCUACUCCUAUCCAACGAAAAACGAUACCAGUUGCGCUCCUUGGCAAAGAUGUUGUAGGUGGUGCCGUUACAGGGUCCGGAAAAACUGGUGCUUUUAUUAUUCCGAUUUUGGAACGCCUACUCUAUCGGCCUCGAAAAGUCCCGACCAGUCGUGUUGCAAUUCUGAUGCCCACUCGAGAACUCGCUGUUCAAUGUUACAACGUGGCUACAAAACUUGCGACGUUCACGGAUAUUACCUUCUGCCAGUUAGUUGGAGGUUUCAGUCUGAGGGAACAAGAGAACAUCCUCAAAAAGAGGCCCGAUGUCAUUAUUGCUACACCUGGCCGAUUUAUUGAUCAUAUGAGGAACUCCGCUAGCUUUACAGUCGAUACUUUGGAAAUUCUUGUUCUCGAUGAAGCAGAUCGAAUGCUGGAGGAUGGAUUCGCUGACGAGCUGAAUGAAAUUUUGACUACAAUCCCGAAAUCGCGGCAGACGAUGCUUUUCUCCGCUACAAUGACAAACAACGUCGACAAACUCAUCCGAGUCGGCCUUAGUAGACCCGUGCGGUUGAUGGUCGAUGCUAAGAAGCAGACCGUGGGCACCUUGAUACAGGAAUUCGUCAGAUUACGGCCUGGCAGAGAAGAGAAGCGUUUGGGCUAUCUCAUUGUCCUCUGCAAAAACAUUUAUAAGGACCGGGUUAUUGUAUUUUUCCGGUCCAAAAAGGAGGCUCAUCGUGUGCGCAUAAUUUUCGGGCUCCUGGGACUGAAAGUAACGGAGCUUCAUGGAAGCAUGAGCCAAGAACAGCGUAUUAAAAGCGUUGAAAGUUUCCGUGAUGGGAAAGUAUCUUUCCUUCUCGCUACGGAUGUCGCCUCCAGAGGUCUCGAUAUCAAAGGUGUAGAAACUGUUAUUAACUAUGAAGCUCCUCAAUCGCACGCAAUUUACCUUCACCGUGUUGGACGUACAGCACGUGCGGGGCGCUCAGGACGUGCAUGCACCUUGGCUGCAGAACCGGACAGGAAAGUGGUCAAAGCUGCCGUGAAAACUGGUCGAGCGCAAGGAGCUAAAAUCGUAAGCCGUCUCAUUGAAACGGCCGAGGCCGACAAGUGGGCCGCCAAAGUGGAGGAGAUGCAAGAGGAAGUCCAAGAGAUUCUCAGGGAGGAGAAGGAGGAGAAACAGCUAGCUCAAGCGGAAAUGGAAGUCACCCGCGGCAGCAAUCUGCUUAAUCACGAGAAGGAGAUCAUGUCCAGGCCCAAGCGGACUUGGUUUGAGAGCGAGAAAGAAAAAUUGCAAGCUAAGCAGCGCUCUCUUGAAGAGUUAAAUGGGCCAAGUAAGAAGAAGAAAGGAAAGCUUAGCGGGAAGGAUAAAAAGAAACUUGAUGACAACCGCGAAAGGAGGGAAGGGAAGAUUGUCAAUAUUCAUAUCAUGGCAUUGUUGGGGAGUCGCAUUAGCCUGUAUAGUAUAGUAGUACUUUACACCAUCUGGGCAACUGAUGGUAUUCCAAAUCCCUCUCAUAAUCCGUACAAUACUAUUUGCUUAUUGCGAACCGAGAAGCUAACAAGCCCAAUUAGGCUUAAGGACCCCUCGACAAAAUACAAGCCCUUCAAGCCCUUGGAUCUUCCCAAUCGUCAAUGGCCUUCAAAAACUCUGAACAAGCGUCCGAGGUGGUUGGCUACUGACCUUAGAGAUGGAAACCAGAGCUUGGUCGACCCCAUGGAUGGGGACCAAAAGCUUCGAUAUUUCAGAAUGCUGGUAGAAAUCGGGUACAAGGAAAUUGAGAUCUCCUUCCCAUCAGCUUCGCAAACAGAUUACGAUUUCACUAGACGUCUUGUCGAAAGCCCUAGCGAGGUUCCAGCAGAUGUUUGGCUGCAAGUUCUUUGCCCUUGCCGGGAGGACUUCAUUCGACGUACUGUCGAUUCCCUCAAGGGAGCAAAAAAGGCAAUUCUCCAUCUUUACCUUGCAACCAGUGAAUGCUUCCGCAGAAUAGUGUUCGGCAUGUCGAAACAAGAGAGUCUGGAGAUGGCUGUGCGAUGUACAAAAUACGCUCGCUCGAUCACUAAGGACGAUCCUUCAACUUCUGGUACCGAGUGGCUUUUCGAAUUUUCGCCGGAAACGUUUUCGGAUACGGACCCGGAUUUUGUGCUUGAAAUUUGUGAAGCAGUGAAAGCUGCUUGGGAGCCAACAGUAGAAGCACCGCUAAUCUUUAACCUUCCUGCUACAGUAGAAAUGUCCACUCCUAACGUUUAUGCGGAUCAAAUUGAAUAUUUCUCGACGAACAUCUCUGACAGGGAAAAAGUUUGCGUUUCUCUGCAUCCUCAUAAUGACCGCGGAUGCGCAGUCGCGGCAGCAGAGCUAGCACAGAUGGCAGGAGCUCAACGGGUUGAAGGCACUCUAUUCGGAAACGGGGAACGAACCGGAAACGUCGAUUUGGUCACUCUGGCUCUCAAUCUCUAUACACAGGGAAUCUCCCCAGGAGUGGAUUUCUCCGAUAUCAACUCCGUUAUAAAGGUAGUGGAGGCAAGCAACAAGAUCCCUGUGAAUGAGAGAUGGCCAUAUGGUGGACAAUUGGUCGUUUGCGCAUUCAGUGGCAGUCAUCAAGAUGCUAUUAAAAAGGGAUUCCAGCUUCGUGAAAAGAGCAAGGCAGCAGAUGCGGAUAGGUGGCAGAUACCAUACCUUCCCAUUGACCCAGAAGAUAUCGGUCGCAACUACGAAGCCAUCAUCCGGGUCAACUCACAGAGCGGCAAGGGUGGUGUUGCAUGGGUUAUCCUUCGCAGUCUCGAACUGGAUCUUCCCCGCGGACUACAAAUCGCAUUCAGCAAGGUCAUUCAGACACAAGCCGACAGGCUUGGUCGUGAGCUCCUGCCCAAAGAAAUCGUCUCCCUUUUCGAAGAGGCCUACCAUCUCAAGCACAAGGCCCGUUUCUCCCUGGUUGACUAUAACAUCACUACCGACCGCUCGCAGUCCCCCGCUCCCCCCGAACCCGGCAAAGCACUCAACACCAAGAAUCUCAAGCGACGCUUUGCUGGCAUUAUUGAAAUCGACGGCAUACAACACGCCAUCGUCGGUGAACACGCCAUCGGCGCCCAUAGAGACACUAAGGCCGCAACAUACAUCGAGUGUACGUCCGCCGAUAGCUCAGAGAAGGUCUGGGGCGUUGGUAUCCACCAGGACGUUGUCCAGGCUAGUUUGACAGCUCUUCUAAGCGCUGCCAGCUCUAUUUUCCUACCUAUUCAGUUCCUUACAUCUCGAGCUAAUACUCCCGUGCCAUUCCGCCCGGUCAACGUGAAAACCCUUACAGAAGCAGAUCUCGAAGCGCUAAAGCAGAUCCAAGGUAAUAUUGGGCCAGAUCGAUCCUUGGUUCGUGACAACGCCAAUGUUGGUGCUACAAUUGCGCAACAAAAAGUGGAUAUUUCCAAGCUCGAAGCACAGGCGAAUAAUUUGUGA